UGAAACCAUGAGGCUGGAUACAGGGUUGAUCAUCGAAGUAUGGAACAAGGGAAUGUUGUGGGACAAACUCUUAGGUCUGCAUUGGCUUCCUCUGAGAAAAAUCCAGCAUUCAAAUGAGGAGGGCAGCGGCAAGUGGUUGACUCUGGACUCUGAACUUGUGAUUAACAAUGGGGAAGUUGUUGGUACACACAUUCCUACAGAACAUCGAAUUCUCAUUGAUGCACGCUUUGAACUUCCAUAUG